AUGGCAAACGUCAAGUGCGAGGAAGAUUAUCAUACCCAUUUUGACCCAAAAACCUUCCUCGAACAGUAUUAUAAAAACUUCAAAGGAGACGAAAAUGAAGAUGGAUCUGUGUCGCCGUUUAUUAAAGCAUUGCAUGAGUUUUGGUCGAGCUUUAAGGCACCAACAGACACGGAAAAGACGAACGUUCGAUAUCUCGAGUUUGGUGGUGGACCUUCUAUAAUGAACCUUGUUUUUGCUUGCCCAAAAGUGGAUCAUAUUGUCUUUUCCGAGUAUACAGAAGCAAAUAGAGAAGCCGUGAAGUCUUGGAUUGCUGGCGACGCUGAAGCCCACGACUGGAUGCCUUUAAUUGAAAUUGCUGUUCUUGAACUCGAACAAGGACGAGGCAUUGUAGAUGAGAGAAGUGAAAGUGAAACCUCCGCAGACAAAGAGAAGCUCGAUUGUGUACUAAAUCGGGCUGAUGAACUGAAACGAAAAAUCAAAUCUAUUGUCCCAUGUGAUGUGAACAAAGCUCCAAUAGUCCAACUUGAUACUGAUGAUGUUGCCAAACCAUUUGACGUUGUGUCCACAGGUUUGUGUCUGGAGUCAUGUGUGUCGUCUGAGGUGCACUACAAGAAUGCCGUCGCAGAACUCUGCAAAUUACUCAAACCAAACGGCUGCCUGUUUAUGAACGGCGUGCUAGGAGAUACGUUUUAUUACGUAGGCGAAGAGAAGUUUUCUGUCUUUCCCCUAACCGAGAAACUGGUGAAAGAAGCAAUGAAUGAAGCAGGAAUGGAAAUCGAGAAAUUUGUAACAAUUUCAGACAUUCCAUUACAUUACUUAGAAGCUUGCGGCUGUAAAGCUUUAUUUUAUACUUAUGGCAGAAAAUCUGUGGAAAAGUGA